GCACACUCAUUCCCCGCGGUUCCCUAUCCAGGACUGGGGGUUGUGUGUGGAUAAUUCAAUCCCCGUGGGACUCGGCGUCAGGCCUGGGCCCAGGCUUGGUGGAUUGGCUGUCUCGCUUACCCCCGCCCUCGCAACUCACACCCCCACCCCCACCCCGCGUCCCAGGUGGCUCGGGCCCCUGUGGUGAUCUCUGUUUACCGAGAGAGCGGGUCCAAGUUGGGCUCCAUCUCUGCCCUGGUUGGCUGCUCGGCAGAACCCUGCCUGCCUGGAACGCGCAGAGAAAAUCCGGCCGAACCCACCUUCGCCCUUUCCCUAUCCCCAACGCCGGGAGAGGUCGGCAGACGGCGAUGACCCCCAAGCCGGCCGGACCCCCGGACGGGGGCUGGGGCUGGGUGGUGGCGGCCGCAGCCUUCGCCGUGAACGGGCUCUCCUACGGGCUCUUACGCUCCCUGGGCCUUGCCCUCCCCGACCUCGCGGAGCACUUUGAACGAAGCGCCCAGGACACUGCGUGGGUCAGCGCCCUGGCCUUGGCCGUGCAGCAGGCAGCCAGUGAGGGGGGGCCCCCCGAGGUGGGAGGCGGGAACCGGGUGGAGAGGCCGUGAAUGUAGUGAUGGGAGACAGCAGACUUGAUUACCAGACAACCUGAGAGCUACUGGUGGAACCAAGUUCUAGAAGAGUGGGUCUUGAGGUCAAAGGGAGGAGUUACCAGGCCAGGCAAAACAGCCAAUGAGAAGUGUUGGAGAUAGUUUGGGGGUCCCGGGGCAUGUCUUCGUUGACUCCGCCCCCUUCUAGGCCCAGUGGGCAGCGCCCUGAGCACUCGCUGGGGGGCACGCCCCGUGGUGAUGGUUGGGGGCGUCCUAACCUCGCUUGGCUUGGUCUUCUCGGCUUUCGCCCGAAGCCUCCUGCACCUCUACCUCGGCCUGGGCCUCCUCGCUGGCUCCGGCUGGGCCCUGGUGUUCGCCCCUGCCCUGGGUACCCUCUCUCGGUACUUCUCCCGCCGCCGGGUCUUGGCGGUAGGGUUGGCGCUCACCGGUAAUGGGGCGUCCUCGCUGCUGCUGGCACCUGCCUUGCAGUUCCUCCUUGAUACUUUCGGCUGGCGGGGUGCCUUGCUCCUCCUUGGCGCUGUCACCCUCCACCUCACGCCCUGUGGCGCCUUGCUACGACCCUUAGCUCUCUCUGGUGACCCCCUGGCCCCACCUCGCACCCCGCUAGCUGCCCUCGGCCUAGGUCUCUUUAGGCGCCGAGGCUUUUCCAUCUUUGCUUUGGGCACCGCCUUGAUUGGGGGCGGAUACUUCGUCCCCUACGUGCACUUGGGUCCGCACGCUUUAGACCAGGGCAUGGGGGGCUACGGGGCAGCGUUGGUGGUGGCUGUCGCUGCCGUGGGAGAUGCAGGUGCCCGACUGGUCAGCGGAUGGCUAGCAGACCAGGGCUGGGUGCCCCUUCCGCGGCUUCUGGUUGUGUUUGGGUCUCUGACUGGGCUAGGGGUACUGGCGGUGGGGCUCGUGCCCACUGAGGGGACGGAGGACGGAUGGGGGGUGCCCCUGCUAGCCGCGGCUGGGGCCUACGGCCUGAGCGCCGGGAGUUACGCCCCGCUGGUUUUCGGUGUGCUCCCGGGGCUGGUGGGCAUUGGCGGUGUGGUGCAGGCUACAGGGCUGGUGAUGAUGCUGAUGAGCCUCGGGGGACUCCUGGGCCCUCCCCUGUCAGGUUUCCUAAGGGAUAAGACAGGAGACUUCAGUGCCUCUUUCGUGGUGUGCAGCUCUUUCAUCCUGUCUGGCAGCUUCAUCUACAUGGGGCUGCCCAGGGCCCUCCCAACUUGCCGUCCAGUCUCACCUCCAGCAACCCCUCCCCCUGAGAGAGGGGAGCUGCUCCCAGUUCCACAGGUCUCCCUGCGCUCGGCAGGGGGCGCUGACUCCUCCCGGGAUACCACUUGUUGAUUAUUUCCUUGUUUGAGCCCCUUCCCUAAUAAAGGAUUUUUAUCUGA